GUCAACAUAUCACACCCAUCGGCCCCGCCGUCAGGAAGAAAUCUUUCCCCUUUUCCCUUGACAGUCGCAUUCUUAGACCGAUUAAUAUCCCGUGGCCGAGGCUUUCAUGCUUCACCACUCACCACUCACCACCCACCACCCACCACCAACCACCGUAGAGACAACACUGUCCGGAAGAAGCACAGGAUCCCGCAGGAUGGAGCCAAUGCGCGAAAACCUUGAAGCUCGGAGGGGGCUAUCUGAGACCGCGGGCGCAACAUCAUCAAACCGCCGUUGGGGGGAAACCCCGAUUUUCAGCCCAGACCAGCGGUUUGGAGCCGGAGGUUCGAACUCUGCCGGGUUAAUUUGUUUCAAACGUAGGGAGCGCGCCCGGAUGGGGAGUAGUGUUCCCGACUUUCCCCUUGAGGGACGGUUCGUGGGUUUUGGGAACUGGGAACUUGGGGGACGGACGGGGGAGGGAAAGUGGUGCCCGUUUCUAUUAAUACUUUCCGUGUGGAUUAAUUGGGAUCGACCCCGACACACAGGAAGUAUCAACAGACAAUUGGAACUGGGACUUGGACUUUGUCAGGAGUAGCAUUGAACCUGCAUGGAAGCCGGGCAGGCAGAUAACAAUAGUAAUGGGACAAUUCAUUCAGCGAUGACUGUUAUUGUUAUGAUUGUUGUUAUUGUUUGUUAACCCAGAGCAACAGUGUAACUAACUGGACAGAAAUGGUGGCUGUUCUUGUUCAAGAAGGGAUCCUCGUCCGGAAUCCGCCAAUGAAUGAGUCUCGCCGUCCGUUUCACCCGCAGAUCCACUGUUGGGUUGGAUGCAGGUUGGGGUCGAAAUUAGAAUCCUCUGCUGCAGGAACCUGUCUAGCAGCAACUGUACGGAGUAUCUAGUGUGGCAGGC